GCCCGCCCGCGUCGUUACGUCGUUGAUCGUCGCUGACAUCGUCGAUGGUCGUCAACAUCCCACGUUCCCCCUUCCGCUGAAUCUACUGGGCCGCCGAGCCCUAGUUCGUCGAACAACCCUUGGUCCUCCCGCGUCACUCAACCCUCAACCUGGUGUCCCUGCCCAUCCACCACCGUUAAUGUCAGUCGUUCACCUUGCGAAAUCAGCACCCACCACACAAUGUCCAAAGCCAACCCACCUCACCCGCGCGCCGUCGCGAAUGGCCUCCCAUCGUACCUUCCGCCGUAGCUGCAGUAAGGCAAGUACCUGCUGCAGAGACUUAGGUGCAGAAGAUACAUAGGUACUCGCCAUCUCGACCACCGUGUCGACUGUAUGAAUGGAGCUCAAACAUGAGACGCCCCUCUUUCAUCGCUUUCUUUUCUUUUCGCCCUACAUGCGCCAUGUCCCGGGGAGCGCACGCCGUCGCUGCUUGCUAGUCUCCCUACAUUACAUAUAAGGCCCGUCUCGCCGGGUCCACCGUCGAUGAUCUAUGGUCAUGGCUGUCGACGUUCAGCAUCACCAUCGCCCUCUCGUCGUGAGAUAGAGAAGCCUAGGCAGUGAGCGAGUGACCGCACUUCCAUCUUCCUCAUCCUUCACGUCUCCCAUCGUCAUCGCCUUCCGGCCACCGGCAUCCAUCCAUCCCACCACCGCAACCAUGUAUCCCGCCCGCGUUCUGGACCCCAAGAGCGGUAACGUCUUCGCCACUUGGCACCUCUUCUCCAAGAGAGAAAAGGAGAACAUGAUGAUCUACAUCGCCGGCAUCAUGGUGUACAAGUUCGGCCUCGAGGUCUUCGUUGGCUCCUUCAUCUCUCUCGCCACCAACCGCUACGACUACGCCGCCCGUAUAGGCGGCUAUGCCCCCAUCACCUUCGGCCGCAUCGGCCUGCUCCAAGGCGUCAACCAGGCAGCCCAGGCGUUCGGCGCCAUUCUCGUCGCGCCCCUCGUUAAGCGCUGGGAGACUCGUAUUGUCCUCUCCGUCGCAAUGCUCGUAUUCGCCUUAUUCACCACCCUCAUCCUCAUCGUCGAUGCUGCGACAGGGGGCACCUUCAAACCCGCAGGUGCCAGCCUAACUGACUUCUCCUAUUAUGGGAAGUAUAACACCGAUGGCAUGAUCCCAGUCUACGCCGUCACGGGCAUCGUCUACGGCAUGGUCGAGCUCAUCCGCCGCGUCAUCCCACGGGACAUUGUCCGCUCCGACGUUCAAAAACUUCGCCGCCUUGACGCCAUCGUGCACAUCUUCUAUGAAACCACCGGCACCGCUGGCGCCUUCAUCACCGCGCUCCUCCUCAUCCCUAACCUCGGCAACAACAUGGCCAUCAUCGUCUCCCCCUUCUGCUUCGCUGCCGCCGCCAUGAUCUGGUGGUUCGUCUCCACGGCCGAGCACCCCAUCACGCUACCUAGACAGCGCAACGCCCUCUCGCCCUCCUACCUAUCCCUACUCGCGCAAUCCACACAGCUCUUCUUCGCCUCCAUCUACAACGGCGGGCGCAUCCUCUUCACCUCUCGCAAGUUCAUCUGGCUACUCCCCUCCUACUCCCUCGCCCUCUACGCGCACCGCUACCUCGAGAACAACAUCGCGCCCAUCGUCGCGCAGCGGUACAUGGGCAACUCGGCAUGGGCGCAGAUAAUGGUCGGCGGAUCGAAUUUCGGCGAGCUUACCGGCGCGCUAUUCGUCUUCCUCUUCACAAACCUAGUAACGACUCCCAUGCCCUGGCUCCGCUUCGACGCCCUCGGCCUCCUCAUCAUCUGGUACCUCGCCUUCUGGCACCCCUCCUACAACAACGUCAGCCAGGCCUGGGUCGUCGCCGCCACGAUGAUGCCCAUGUCCUUUGGCUGGGCCGCGGGCGAUAUCUCCCUAUCCGCUUACGUGCAAGCUUUGCUUCACGGGCAGGAACACGAACGUAAAGACGUCGGCGCGCUGGUCACUGUCAUGGCUUUCCUGUACUCCACAUACAUCAUCACCUACAGCAUUGCCUCGCCCAUCCUGGGUUCGUACGUCGACCGCGUCUCAGCCGCAAACAACGGAGACGUGCAUUCUGCCGUCUUCCAUGUUGGGGGGGUGCAGUUUACGGUUAUUGCGUGUAUGGUCUUCCUCUCGUCGUUUAUCCCGCGCGGCGCGUUUAGUUUUAACCCUCAGAUCCUUGAGGGCGAGGAUUUGGAGAGGUAUCGGGAGCGGGAUAUGGCGGAGCGCCCGCAAGAGGAGGUGACGAAGGAGGGGGGGGCGAGGACGGAGAGUAUGCAGGGUUUGAAGGUGGGGGAUGACGAUUGGUUCUUUGAUUUGUGAGGAGAUAGAUGGGGGCUAGCUCAACGCUUACUUUUGCUCGUGAAUACAGAGGCGGGGAAGGCCGUCUCUGCGCUGCGGAAUACAACAGCCGCGCCACCCGCGGCAGCUUCAACUGCAUGGGUAUAUAAUAGGAACUCGGAUCGGAACUUUAGAUGUGGGACAGGACACCCUUGGAUAUUUUUUUUGCGAGGGGAUACAGAGAUACACCAGGCGUUUAGACGGAGCGAUUUUAGACUUUUUGGAUUGUGGAUUUAGCGAUGGGGUAUGGGGUAUAUGCUAUUGGGUCUAGGGUAUUGGAUCUUGGGUCUGGGGUGGCACUGGGACUGCUGCACUUGGACUGUUGCCCUGUGAGGUUUCUGAGCGCGAACCUACUUGUUUGUAGUUAUUCUAGGGUACUAUGGCUACUACUGAUGCCGAUGCCGUCAAGCUAUUCUUUAUAACGUUACUGAAAACAGCUACAAUGCCAGUUACACAUGCCAGAUAUGACAUGACGUUAAUGCUUGAUUCAUAGACAAGAAUCACGACGAUGGUUGCUCAUGCUGGAUUCAUGUAAUAGAUUUAUAAAAGUAAAUAUUAG